UGGUUUGGUGGUGCUUUUAUUUGGCACGUAGCGUUUCAGGUGUUUGCAGCUACCAUCGACCCAGCUGAGGAUAGUGUUCGGGCCAAGGGAUAUAAAAGAUUACCCCCGGUGUACAAGGGCAAACCACUUAAAUCUGGUCUCCAUAAGCGUUACUGCCCGCUUUGUGAAGUUAAGGUGUGUCGAAAUUCCCAUCACUGCAAGAGAUGCAAGAAGUGUGUAGGUCAUUUUGAUCAUCACUGUAAGUGGCUCAACAAUUGUGUAGGAGGCAGAAAUUACCGGUACUUCCUGAGCUGUGUUAUCUCUGCUGUCCUUGGUUGUCUGAUAAUUAUCACCAUUUCAGGCUUUGUCUUUGUUGGAUACUUUUUAAAUCCAAAACUAAUCAAAUUUAAACUUGUACUCUUUAUUCCAACAGUUGUAAAUGACACAGAUACCUGGCUUGUAUUUCUCCCAUAUUUUUUCAUUCAUACAAAUGCAACUACUAUUCUUGUUCUCACUGUGGUGACUGUUGGACUAAGUGUGACUGCACUGAUAGUUUUGUGCGAUCUUCUGUUCUUCCACUUCUACAUCAUGUGGAAACAAAUAAGCACUUAUGAAUAUAUACUUCUCCACCGUGAACAGCGAGUGUCAAAAGGCUCACCACAAAAUGAUCAUGACAUAGAAGCUUUACGAUGGAAAUCUAAUCAGAAUACUAAUAAUGCGGCAUCUCAUCAAAAGGGUAAUACUCACGUUCACUUUGAGAGCACCUCAACAGAUGGGUCAACAUCAGAGUAUCACCAGGACACUGUCAUGAUAGAGGAUGAAAGUUUGCCAGCAGUUGCUUCUAAUUGUAAUCAAGACAGAAGAAAGAAGAUUUCGCAGUUGAAGGAAAAACGAAGAUGUAAAAUGUCUGCACGUAGAUUUAAACGCAAGGCUGCAAUCAGGACCUCUAAAAGACCAUUUCGACCUUCUCAACUAACACCAGCUCUUGCUGCAGCUAUUCGGAGAUCAGUGCUCUCUGUCCAAUCCUUCCCAUCGAUGGAUUAUCUGUCUGCUUUAUCAGUGAGCACUGUCCGUUCCGUGCGGGCUGCAGGACCUCCAGCUGAGUACCAUUCAGACUCUGCAGAGUCUGAAUGAAAUCCCGGUGGUCCAGUCAAGACUCGGCAGUGCAGCAGUGGCCAUGCAGACCAGCACAAACUUCCACAGCACAGAUAAAUUUUGGAAAUUCUCUGCAGACUGCUAUUUCUAAAGAGCGCCACAACAAAAGACCAGAUCAGCCAACUAAAGCAAAAAGGCGAAAGGCUAGGAUCCAAGCAAUCUUAUUGAAACAUAUAAGAUUGUGAAGGGGCUUGAUCGGGUGGAUGCCGGGAGAAUGUUCCCAAUGAUGGGUGAAACUAGGACUAGGGGGCAUAAUCUUAAAAUAAGGGGAUGCCAUUCCAGGACUGAGAUGAGGAGAAAUUUCUUCACUCAGAAGGUAGUGGGGCUGUGGAAUUUACUGCCCCAGAGAGCUGUGGAAGCUACUAUACUCAAUAAAUUCAAAAUGGAGAUGGACAUUUUCCUGGAUAUAAAUGGCAUUAAGGGAUACGGUGAGCAAGCAGGUAAGUGGAAAUGAGGCUAGGUUUAGAUCAGCCAUGUGAUCUCCUGGGCCAGUUUUUGAUAGCCUGGAUGGGUUGGAGAGGAAGUUUCCAGAUUUUUUCUCCUCAAUUGGCAAAUCGUUUUUUUUUCCCCGGGUGAUCACAUGGGAUUGGGCAGGAUGAAUAAAAUAAAAUGGGCGGCAUGGUGCCUUGUUGGUUGGCAUUGUUGCCUUGUGGGAUUCGGUGAUAACUAGCCAUGAUCUUGUUGAAUGGCGGAGCAGGCUUGAGGGGACUUUUGGCCUACUCCUGCUCCUAUCUCUUAUGUUCUUAUGUAAGUAUUGAACAGUUUUCCAGCAUUUAAGUCCAUUUCUUAAAUGGAACUGCUUCUCAGGGACUGGUUCAGUGUGAUGAUUUUUAAGUAUCACAUCAGUUGUUUUUUCACAUUCUGUUUACCCUCCAUUAACAAAUUGUUCAUUGUGGUAAUCUGAGGGGGAGAAAACAUCAUUUAACAGCUUCUUUUAAACACUUUCCUAAAACCACAGCAUUUAUUUUGUGUGGCCUUGGCAAUCUUUUAUUGGCAAUGUGACAUUGCUCUUGUUUUAUUGAAAUUUUAUUUCUGUUAUUUAAUAGUUAAACUCUGAAGUGCCAAAAGUAUUUUAGAUACAAUUUUAU